GCCAUGGGUCCUCCGCCGCCGCCUCCACUUUCCAAAACCUCCUGCGACUCCGAAACCCUAGAAAACGUUCCAAUGGAGACUACUUCAGAUUCUUCAACGCAAAUGAAGCCCCCGAUGGGGCCUCCGCCUCCCAAAAACCCUAGUCCUCCUCCUCCUCCUCCUCCCGAAAACCCUAGCCCUACCCCACCGUCAACAUCCACCGCCGACUCCGAAGCCGCGCCGCCGCCGCCGCCGGAGACCUCGAAGCAGAAAUCCGAAGGCUUCGCCGUGCCUUACUCGAUCCCUCCGUGGAGCGGAGCUCCAUGCCACGAGUUCCAGCUCGAGGUGCUCAAGGACGGCGCCAUUGUCGACCAGUUCAAUGUGUAUGAGAAAGGAGCAUACAUGUUUGGUAGGGUCGACCUAUGCGAUUUUGUACUGGAGCACCCCACUAUCUCUCGGUUUCAUGCCGUGCUCCAGUUCAAGACAAGUGGAGAGGCAUACAUCUAUGACCUUGGCAGUACUCAUGGUACUUUCGUUAACAAGAACCAGGUCAGUAAAAAGGAGUAUGUGGACUUGCAUGUUGGUGAUGUCAUUCGCUUUGGGCAUUCGUCUCGUCUAUACAUUUUUCAAGGACCAUCGGAGUUGAUGCCACCAGAAAAAGACUUGAAAGUUUUGAGAGAGUACAAGAUGCGUGAAGAUAUUCUAGAUCAGCAGGCAUCACUUCAACGAGCAAGACUGGAAGCUUCUCUUGCUGAUGGCAUCUCUUGGGGUAUGGGAGAGGAUGCCAUUAUGGAAGAAGUUGAGGAUGAUGGUGAGGAAGUGACCUGGCAAACAUACAAAGGACAGCUUACAGAAAAGCAGAUAAAAACCCGCGAUAAGAUAACUAAAAGAAUGGAAAAGAUUGCUCAUAUGAAGAAAGAGAUAGAUGCCAUUCGUGCUAAAGACAUCUCUCAAGGUGGAUUGACUCAAGGGCAACAAACUCAGAUCGCUCGGAAUGAGCAAAGAACAGAACAGAUUCUGGAAGAGCUUGAAAAUUUGGAAGAGACACUGAAUGAGAGUAUUCGAGAAAGUUUAGGUGCACGUGUUGGGAAGCUAUCACAUCGUAAGAAGAAAGGAACAAUUGAAGAAGAAGAAGAAGAAGAACUUAUGAGUGAUGAUGAUGAAUUUUAUGAUCGGACAAAGAAGCCUUCUAGCAAAAAGGCUAGUGAAAACCCAUCAGUUGAAACGGCCGAUACUCUUCUUGAUAAGAGAGAUGCAAUCACAAAAGAAAUGGAAGACAAGAAAGAGCUGCUUUCUAUUGAGAAAAACAGACUGGCAUCAGAAACUACAGAAGAACCCGAUGCUGGAGACGCACUGGAUGCAUACAUGUCUGGGCUUUCAUCUAAGCUAGUGCUUGAUAAAACUGAGCAACUGCAAAAGGAACUCUCAGAUCUCCAGUCCGAAUAUGAUAGGGUAGUCUUCCUUUUGAAGAUUGCUGAUCCAACAGGUGAAGCAGCCAAGAAAAGGGAUUCAAAGGUCCUUCCCGAAAAUCCUGAAACUUCUGCUGCUUCCAUCAAGAAGCAACGUCCACAUAAACCAAAGGAAACAUGUCUGCCUGAAAAUCCAGAAAGUGGCUUUAUAAAGAAAGAGGAAAGUACAGAUGUGACUGUUGCAUCUAGCAAGAAGCUGGAGUCGGGUGAGGUUCUAACUGAUGCAACUGAAGGAGAAAGUGUUGUGUAUACUGUUCCAAAGCCCCAGUGGCUUGGAGCUAAAGUGGACAAGAAUGAGGAGGGUCAUCAAGAGGCAGCACCUACAAAUGAGCACGAGGCUGAAGUAUUUGUGGACUAUAAAGACAGGAAUAAAAUUUUGGAGAAUGAAGUUAACAUGGAAUCUGGGAUUGAAAAUGCUGCACCUGGUUUGAUUAUAAGGAAACGGAAACAAGUUCAUGAAUCUGAAGCUAGUGAUGAUUCUCAUCAACUGUCGACAUCUUCAUCCACAGGAGCCGCACUUGUGGCAGAGGAUGCUGUAGCAUUGUUGUUAAAGCACAACAAAGGCUAUUAUGCGUCUGAAGACGACAAAUCCUCUGAAAGCCAAGAUACAUCACAAGGGAAAAAACAGAGCAAGGGUAAGAAGCCCAAAAAGAGAGUACUUGGUCCCGAGAGACCUUCAUUUCUUGAUAGUGAUUCUACUGAAACAUGGGUGCCUCCUGAAGGACAAUCUGGUGAUGGACGAACAUCCUUGAACGAUCGUUAUGGCUACUAAAUAUAACUGCAAAUUUUUCCUGUGCCCAAUGUAAUUCAUCUGGUCGGAAGAAGUGUUAGGCGGCAAUCAUAUCAAAUGGGUUUAAUUUUUGUGUCCCAGGUUUAAAUGGUUAAAGUCGAUUAUCAAAUGAUAAUAUGGAGGUAUGGUUUGAUAACACCUGGACCUGGUUAGCAACAUGAUGUAACCCUCUUAGGCACUGAUAUGUUUCUUCAUUGUUUGUCUUUUUGAUAUUUGGUUAGGAUUUAGUGUAGAAAAAUGAAGACAGAGAAGCUCUGAACUAUUGUUGUAUACUCUGCAUGUGAACUUGGUACACUAAUGUGUAUAUAAAACUUCGUUAGUUCCAACUUUUGCCG